AAAAAAAAACUUUCAGGGGCUGAAAGCCUGGCACUCUCAGUUUCUUUAGGUUACUGAUGAAAGCCGGGAUCUUGAGAGCCAUUGAGCAAACGACAUGUCCAGGAGAUACAAUGCAGGUUUGCAAACCUAAUCAAAGACAGGCAAAUGCUGGGAACCUGCCGUCCCUUUGCAGGUUUCUUGUUCUUUUCCAGGGAGACAAAGUCUUACAGAUAUGUGGACCUUGAAGUAUUGAAUUAUCUGGCAGGCAUUAUCGUCAGAGGUUUAUCAAAGUUACGAAUCUUAACAACAGUACAAAUGUAAAUGUCCACCAGGAAACAGUUGACUUCCUAUCAAUAAAGUCGUUAUUCUGUGUCAUUAAUUUGAUCUAAUUUAAACUCUGAUUCUGACAUAUUUCUGAUCGAACAUAUUUAUCAGAUUUCUACUUACUUUUCAAACACAGUAACACUCAAGUUAUUUUUUACUCCAAGACUAACAAAACUCAAGUGAAAAUGUAUGCAUUCGACCUCUUCUGACCUCUGCUUGCCUUUGAUUUCUUGUUUUUCUUCAUUUGUUUUCAGAAUUGAUUGAUUAGGACCUGAACAGCUACUCUAUCUCUGAUGUGAUAACUGCAUGAGUGGGUUGAGACCACUUUGUAAGACCACUGCAUUUUUUAAAAAUUUUUUAUUUUAUUUUUUUAGAAAACCUACUCAACAAAGUAAUAGGCCAUAUAACCAAUGACUGAUUAAAGGGCAAUCGGGAAACAGGGCGUAGUUUUCUGUCCUGUGGACUGCAAAGGAAAUUCCAGGCAUCAGCACAAUCAUAUCUUGGGGGAGAUAAAGGAGGUCACAUAUUAAAAGAAAUAUCUAGUUUUAAGGGGAUGACAGCUCCUGUUGUGUCCUCCCAACACACCUGUGAGGCAGAGACCUACAAAGAUAUUCAUCCCACAUUUGACCAAUGAAAAAGGGACACCAAAAGGGAACAUCAGUGAUGUUUCUUGAUAGGGAGAGCUGACCUGGCAAUCAUUUACUGACAGAUCCUCUGAUAUGCCCUUCCUGUCCUUUUCCUCUCCCCUCGACCUUUCACAAAUUUGCUCUGCCCGUCUUCACAACAUCAACCUGCUCUCCCGCCUGUGGGUUCUUACAUAAUCCCCUCACUAUUCUGAUCCGAACCCCAGGCAGAAGCAUGCCGUGCGGUGCGGUCAAGUCCUUUCUGGUGAGUCUUUCUCGCAGGAAGCCCAUCGAGCCCGAUGGGGAAGAGUCCACUUUUAACCGAUGCCUAUCCACCCUGGACCUGAUCGCCCUGGGCGUGGGCAGCACCCUGGGAGCCGGGGUCUAUGUGCUCUCCGGAGAGGUGGCCAGAGACACCGCAGGACCCAGCAUUAUCAUUUCCUUCUUCAUCGCUGCCUUGGCGUCUAUAUUUGCCGGACUUUGCUACGCGGAGUUUGGAUCCAGGGUUCCCAAAACGGGCUCGGCUUACCUUUACAGCUACGUGACUGUUGGUGAGCUGCUGGCUUUUAUCACCGGCUGGAAUCUGCUGCUCUCCUAUGUCAUAGGAACAUCAAGCGUUGCUCUGGCGUGGAGUGGGACGUUCGAUGACCUGAUUGGUGGGGUCAUAUCAAAGUACUUUGAGGAAAAUGCAUCCAUGGGCCUUCCUGGCUUGGCGCCUUACCCAGAUGUCUUUGCAGCCGGUCUCAUCUUGCUGCUCUCAGGCAUAUUGGCAUUUGGGGUGAAAGAGUCAACGACCAUCAACAAGAUCUUCACAGCGAUCAACAUCGUCGUGCUGCUGUUUGUGAUCAUCUCUGGGUUCAUCAAAGGGAACCUCGCCAACUGGCAGAUCAGCGAAGAGGCUCUGAUAAACGCAACAGCGCAAUUCAACAACCUGAGCAACACCCUCAAUAUAACCAGCAAAUACGGAGUGGGGGGAUUUUUUCCUUAUGGCUUCAGCGGCACAUUGGCAGGAGCUGCAACCUGUUUCUAUGCUUUCGUUGGAUUUGACUGCAUCGCUACAACAGGUGAGGAGGUGAAAAACCCUCAGAAAUCUGUCCCUGUGGGCAUUGUGGCUUCACUCCUGAUAUGCUUCCUGGCCUACUUUGCGGUGUCUGCUGCCCUCACCUUGAUGAUGCCCUACUACAUGCUCAACGAGAAAAGCCCUCUGCCAGUGGCCUUCGAAUACGUUGGCUGGGGACCCGCCAAAUACGCCGUGGCUGCGGGAUCGUUGUGUGCCCUGUCCACCAGCCUGCUGGGCUCCAUGUUCCCCAUGCCUCGGGUUCUCUUCGCCAUGGCAAGAGACGGGCUGCUUUUCCAACCUUUGACCAAAGUCACUGCCAAGGGCAGUCCCGCUAUAGCCACCAUAUCGUCCGGAGUUGUGGCAGCCAUUAUGGGUCUCCUGUUUGACCUGGAAGCCCUGGUGGAAAUGAUGUCCAUUGGUACUCUGUUUGCCUACACACUUGUAGCAAUAUGCAUCCUGAUACUGAGGUACCAGGCUGCCCCGUCUGAAGACACGGACCUGCAGGUCAAAGAACCAAACCCCAAGUUCCAGUUCCUGAAGCCACCCUCAUCUCCCAACUCUGACACAGCACGAAGAGUCACAAUCCUAACCAUAAGUUCUGUUGUAUGUGUGGUUGCACUGUGCGUCACCUUGACUCAAGCCAUAGACGCUCUGGUAAACGUAGAGGCAUGGAGCGUGGUGCUUGUUUGCAUCUUUUCCUUCCUCCUGCUUCUCAUUUUAAUCUUCAUCUGGAUUCAACCACAGAAUCCCACAAAGGCAACUUUUAUGGUGCCAUUUCUGCCAGCUCUACCUCUAGUGAGCACGCUCAUCAAUGUCUACUUGAUGGUGCAGUUAGGUUCAGCCACAUGGCUGCGAUAUGCUAUCUGGAUGUUAGUGGGGUUAGUUAUCUAUUUUGGCUACGGAGUCCGCAACAGCGUUCAGAGGAAGCGACUCAGGACCGACCGGACCGACCGGACCAACGUCGAAACAGUCAGCAGCAAAACAGACACGCACAUAAUUAGAGAGGAGAAGUUUUGAGCCCAACGGGGGGUGAAGACAGAUACACUGAGAUGUUACAUAGAGUAACUACGUAAUAACCUUGUAACUAAAUUCUACAUGCAUUGAUUAGUGUCUCGUUUUGUGGCUUUUAUUGACCAAAAGUGCCAGUAAGCAGGUUUGCUGAACAUUUGGAAAGAAAUAUCCAAGUAGGGGAGCUUUUUUUUUUUUUCCUUAUCUGAAACUGAGUUACAUCUUCCCAGUCAGAUGUUUGUACUGUGUAACACAUCACUGCAUAAUCAGCAUGUUUAGGUUCAGAGAGAUUUACUGUACUUCCUAAAACGCCUUGAAGAGAAGCAAAUAUUUUAAAGUAAAUUAAAUUAUUUAACAUAUUUGUGUAUUUAUGUUGCCUCUCACACCAUUGUUAUAAAAUGAAAAAGGUAAUUAACAAAACAAUUAAUAUUUUGUAGACAUGUAACAUUUUGAUACAUUAAAUUGAAGAAUACUGUAUUUGCCCUUAAAAUUGUUGCCAUUUUGUAAUAGUAAUAAUGGUUUUAAGCUGCAUGGUUUUUCUUUCUUUCUUUUUUCGUUUUUUUUUUUUUUUUUUUGCUUCUAGGCACAAGCAGAUGCACUAUAUACAAAAUGCCAUUUUGUGUAACAUCGUAUUUGGCUCGUCCCUUUUUUUGUUGUUGUUUAUACAUAACUUUGCUAAAAACUGCAUUGCGUUUUUACAUGUAAAUAUGAACAUUUUGCAUAUUUGCUCAAAUUCUGUAAAUGUAUUCCUUAAUUUAAAAAGGAAAAAAAGAAUCAACAUUUAAUUGUAACCUGGAGUUACUUUUGUCGCAGGUUGACUGAAAGUGAAAUAAAACAAUAAACAUCA